CCGCUUCCAAAGCACACGGAGAUGAGUUGGGUUGCCAACAACACUUCACAAGCCGAUCUAUCCGGCGACGAGCGAACAGAAUGCGUUCUCUAUAAACCCAAUAACUAUCCUUCGCAGCCUCACACCACUGCCGCCGCUCGCAGAGCUGACGUCUUACGGCCUAGGCAUGAACGAGUCUGGCAAAGCCAACGGUCCAAAGCUCCUUCCUCACCAGCUGCGUUUCCGACAGAUGGCCAUGGGUAGGGGUGGCGCGGUAAAAGCCGAACAAGGCGUCUUACCUAGCAUCGCAGCGAAGCAGUGGCAAUAUGAAGAAGACAAGUCGAGAGCAGCUGCUGUUCUGGCGCUGGCGAGACUGCCAGUCCUGCCGAUUGACGCGGUCCAGUGGGGCAUUGUCGAGUCCGCAACUGGUCAAGAGGGGCCUUUCGCAACGGUCGGAGAGGGAAGCGAGGGUGACACAGAUGCUCUGCUAGCGGACGUACUGUUGUGUUCGGACGGCAGGGGUCGGCUGCACUUGCUAGCACAGGGCACUGCCCGUUUAGGCGAAGUCACCAUUCCAAACGAGCAAACGAAACAUCGUAGCUUGUCGACGGCGAUUUCUCGCGACUUUAGUUCACUUUCUGUGCUCGCAUCCGGCCCCUUCUCGGAUGGAAAGGAAGAGAUGGUGCUGCUGACAGCCAAGCUCCAUCUGCGCUCGAGUAGCCAAAUGCUCGGCUCCACCCCAGCACACCUCCAUCUUCUCGCUCUCUCUACUACACUACACCAUCUACUCUCCUACCUUCUGGACACGUUGCACCUCAUGCGGCAAGUCUUCCGCAUGACGUACAUUGGCCAGGUUGCAGACGAGUGGCUCAAGCAUGCACAGGAAGUUGGGGAAAAGUAUCGCUGUGACUUUCAGCUAGAGUGCAUCACUGCUAUCGCAGGUGGCAGGCUCGGCGACGGGAUUGAGGUAAUGAUCAUGAGCAUGAUCAAUGAAAGCGCUCUGCACAUGAUGGAAGACACUACAUACACAUCCUUGCGUUUUCUGCGUCGCGCAGCCGCUACCGUCAUCGGCCCUGCGUGCGAGCGAAUCCUCAUCAUCCUCGAGUCGCUGCGCGCGCACGGGCUGCUUCCAGCAGAGCGAGACGGGGCGGCGUUUCCAUUGGCGUCCGAAACUGAGGCACUCGUUCAAGAGUUAUUGCGUGCCAGCCUGGUCAUCGAAGUCGAAGCGGAGAAGGAUCUGCUGGCUGCUGGAGAGUUUUACAAGUGGUGGAAGCAGGAGCGAGACAAGCACGAGAAUCCUCGGCGCGACGAUGGGCAGUUCCACCCCAUCAUCCACGACACCCUCGCCGCGAUUGAAUACGUACAACGAGGGUUCAUCAAUCCGCAUCUCGAUGCCCUGCUCGGUACGCGCAACGCGUGCAACGUGGUUGAGGAGCUGAGGGCCAAGCAGGUUGUUGCCACGCCAGCCGCACAGCCGACCGGACUCGAGGAGAUAUUGCGCAGGACAGAACAGCGUUUGUCAGACGCUUCAGUGUUCAACCCUGCGCUCGUCGUUCCUUUGUCAGCUCGGUCGACGAUACGCAUCUUGCGACACGUUGGCGAGCAGAGGUACCCACGCUGAAAAUCAAAGGUCAACCGCAAGUAGCUGCUCUGGCAUCCAAGGCCACAGCUCUGCCGUCCGCCUAUGACGAGGGUUCGGCCUCGGUGCACGGAUG